AGGAGGGCGCCCUCCUCCUUCUCCCGGCCGCCGGUCGUUCAAGAUGGCGCCGUCGUGGGGCUGCCGUUCGCUCCUUUAAAGCCGCUCCGGUCGGGCCGGGGCCGUCUCCGGCACCGCGUCCGUCUCCGGCCCCGAUUUCAGUUCAGGUGGCCCGGCGGAACCAAGUCCCUAAUUCCCUGAAGGAGCAAUGGCCACCAUGGUGGCCAAACGAGACGGACCGCCAUUCAUUAGUGAAGCCGCGGUCCGGGGGAAUGCAGCCGUUUUGGAUUAUUGUCGGACAUCCGUGUCUGCCCUUUCCGGAGCAACAGCAGGGAUCCUUGGCCUCACUGGCUUGUAUGGUUUCAUCUUCUAUUUUUUGGCUUCAAUCCUCCUCUCUGUGCUUUUGGUACUAAAAGCCGGAAGGCGGUGGAACAAGUACUUUAAGUCCCGUAGACCUCUCUUUACUGGGGGCCUCAUUGGAGGCCUCUUCACUUAUGUCCUGUUCUGGACUUUCCUGUAUGGCAUGGUGCAUGUCUAUUAAAAGUGAUGGGGUUGCUGUGAGCUGAAAUGGUUUCGAUCAAAUUGGAGAACUGUUGCCGGAAAUUAAUUUAAUCAACAAGAUAUAGAUCUGCUUAGUUUUUAAAUUGUUGAACUCACCGCUUAUGCUGUUGACAUUAUUGGUAACUUAUGUUGAAGAUGAAUCUUCCUUUAAUAUUCCUUUAAUUAAAUCUAAUGUGAACUAUUU